UGAUACAGGAAGUGUUCCUGACCGUUGGGUCCGAACCAGGAAACGAACUACUAAGAUAAAUCCCCCCUCACCUUUUCGCGCAGCUUACGUAUUCUACACCGCGCGACGCCCAUCUAUUAUGUACACGUGUAUGGAAAUAUGGACUUGAGCAUGUGCAAGUGCAUGGUAUACUACCUGUAAUGUCCCCCCGGGAAUAACAAGCUCCAGGGAAGAAGAUCAGGGGGUCUUCUCGAAGGCGCUUUGCGUUUGAGAUAUUUCCUAGAUGUCUAUGCUACUAGUUCGUGAUACCCGUUCUCCUCUCUCGUCUCGUCCCCUCUCUUGUGUACCCAAUCUGUCCUCUCGUCUCGUUCUCCUCCUUCUCACCGCUUUCUGUCUAUCUGCGGUACCACGCUCAACACCCUGUUCCUGGCAGUUUAUGGUUGCUUCGCAGAUUGGCGGCGGCGGAGGCAGCGGGCGGGACAAAACGUUAGAUAUAAGAUUGGUUAUUGGCUGGGCGUCUGGGUAUUGGCUCGCCUCUCCUCGGACAUACUAAAUACAUCACAUUACAAUUCGCUCAUUCGCUCUUUUCUUCGUUCGCUUAGAUUCGUAAUAAUAAUGUACCUAGAUAAUAUGUAGCUAGC